CAGGGGAGGGAUGGGGAGAGAAGAGAUUAGAAGUUUUGCUCUGUUACACUAACAGCUAGAGCUUGGCUGGGGCAGCCAGACAGAAAUCAUUCAGUAAAAUCUGAGUCAAUAACCCCAGGAAGAAGCUAAAUAGCGGGCUUUAGGGGGUUCUGUAAGAGAAUAGCUUCUGAUGUCCCGACUGCAUUUGUCGCCACUGCCACAUCCUGUAAGUUAUAGUCACAAGAAGCUCAUGACCCUGGUGCUGAGCAGGUAGUAACCUGUCCAUAUACCGAAAAUAUCAAAGUGCCAAGCAGCCUCACCUAAGGACCACGUACCUCUGUUGGGAAAAACAGACGCUUCUCCUUUGAGCCCGCGGCUAAUCGCAUCCUUGCAGACAGCUGGAGAACACACCCGUCUCAUAGACAGGCAGGACCAAUGCAGAAGACAAUGGAGAACUCUCAGAAGUUCCGCAUAGAUGCCCUUCUGGCUGAAGAACGGCCCCGCCUGAUGCCCCAGGAAUGCAGGGAGCAACUAUUGUCGCAGUCGGUGUCUGUGUCGCAGCUCUUCCCCAAGGCUGGAUUCCUGCCACUGCCCGGGCUCUACCCUGCCGCUCCCAUGUACCAUUUGUCAACCCUGGCGGCAACUCGCCCAAACUUCCCUUAUUCUGGCUACUCCGCACCUCCUGCACCGGGGCAAGAGCACAUCACUGCUUCUUUGCCCCUAGAACACUGGCUGAGGGCUGGGCUUCUUCUGCACCGGGGACCGGACCUGCAAUCCUCUGCUCAGCCUGGACUGUUGGGGAAAUGCCGGCGUCCGAGGACAGCUUUCACCAGCCAGCAGCUUCUUGAGCUAGAGAAACAGUUUAAAGCCAACAAGUACCUAUCACGACCCAAGCGCUUUGAGGUGGCCACAUCUCUCAUGCUGACAGAGACACAGGUAAAGAUCUGGUUCCAGAACCGCAGGAUGAAAUGGAAAAGAAGUCGCAAAGCCAAGGAGCAAUUGCCAUCACAGCAGGGUGACAAGCUGAGAGCAGAAGGAAAGGCACUAAGCAAAGAGGAAGAAGAGGAGGACGAAGAAGAUGAAGGAGACUUACAGGAGGCAGACAGGGGCAUGGACAUGCUAAGGCACGCCACACAGCUCAGUUACAGCCCAGAGUCCCUGUGCUCUGAAGAAGAGGAAAACACUAUGUUGCCUUCUCUAUGAGAUGUUGGACUGGGGUGCCGCAAUCCACUUUAUUUAUUUAUCACAAACGCUAUUUACCAUCCCAGUUUGGGACCAAAGACUUAAUUUAGCUAUUUAAUUUAUAUGUAUUUAACUACUAGUUAUAUAAAUGGGAAUAUGGGCCGGGUGGGCGAUAUUUGGGAGCAUUAAACUGAAUCUUGGAUAAAGGAACUUUGCUGCACUGCAGGCAAUGCCAUAAAACCCAUUUAUACAGCACUUGGGCAAUGGGAAGGAUAGGAACGUUGCACUGCAUUCUCUAACACUGGCAAAGGCCAACUGCAUCAACUUAGAUUUUUGGCUCCAGCCUGGAACAUGCAUAGUGGAAGCUAAUCUGGCUCUGGUUUCUACUGUGUAUGCUUCAAGUCAUCAGUUUCUGCUUAACGUGGGAUCCUCACCCCCAGGCAUGAACUGGGAUUCAGCAGCAGCAGGAGAGUGUCAACAGUCCAUUCAGGGAUGGCAACUAUGCAGUUCAACGGGUGGCAGUUUAAAAUAGGAUGUAGAGUUGUAUUGUUGUUAAAAAGAAAAUCUCUGUUUCAAAAUGUUACAAUUUUGUGUGUGUGCGUAUAUAAAUUUAUCAGAAUUCUACCUGUGGCCUAGAAUGCUUCAAACCAUGAAGAGAAUAGUGCUAAAUCAGCCAUUGCUCUUAGGAUCAUUCUGCCUUUCCUGUACAUACUGGGCAACUAUGUCAUAUUAGGGGCCCCUACUUUCUCACUGCUUUCACUGUUGAAAAAACACAAAGGGGCCCAAAUGUACUAUAUUUUCUAUUGGGCCUGAAUUGUGCCUGAUCCCAUAUGAGGUCUAUAUCGCUCAAGCUUUUUAAAAGUUAUACAGCAACAUGGGCAGCAUUUCACUUGUCAUCUAACCCACAGGUACCAGCAAGCAUAUAUUAGCAACAAGUAACUAUUUAACUGUUGUCAUGGGUUUCAGAACCAAGGUUACUCUUAUACGGCACAGCUUACUACUAUUAAAGGAAAAAUGCAUACUUUAGAAGUAUUUGUCUUUCAUUGAAUUUCUUAUCAAUAGCAUAACGUGUAUAUUGGCAGGGACAGACUACACGGCUGCUGGGGCUGCUGAGGGUUGUAAUUUAACAAUUGGAGGUCACAUUUGGACAUCACUGAAUUACAUACUUAUUUUUCCCCAUAGAUCAGGAGUGCCCAUACUUUACGAAUACAAGGUCUACUUUUAGUGAU